CACCACAGCUUCCUCCAGCUUAAAACAGCUUUCUCUUUCCUGAGUUUUCCCCAUUGCAAGGGAGGAAUCCACUGACCACUCCAUGAACAGAGAUCAAUACUCAGCCUCAGGUACCUCUGAGGAGAGUGGCUGGACCUUUUACUUUGAUGACUUUCUAGCUUCUCGGAAGCGAGAGCUCCGCCCAUCUUCAUCCUGUGUCUCCAUUGCCUCCAUUACUUCUUUGGUCUCUGAUGCUGCUUCGCAUGUUGCAAGGAAAUCUACAGUAAAAUCAGACCUUAGCUUGAAGAAAAGAAAAGCCGAAGGAGUCUUCUUUUUAGAAGACGACUCUUUGGAAGACACUGCUUGCUCAACGAUUAAUAGCCCAAAGGCUGUUCGAAUGGAGGGAGAUGACAAAAAUGUUUCUCAGAUAAAUAAGGAGGAAGGAGCUCAUAGCGAGGAAUGUGGACCGGAUUACAUGAAGGAAGCAAGAGAGUGUACUGAGAUGAAGAAAAGAGGACCCUGCCUUCUUCCUUUGUCAAUCUUUGUAGAUUUUCUUGCAUAA